UGCCCCUUCAGAGUUUAGCCCACAGCGGCUGUCGCUUUAAGAGUCCCGCAGUAUGAAACUGUCCUGAGAUCACAUUUGAUUUGAUACACAUUUCACCUCAGAGCGUAUUUCAGCCCAGCUCUGAGCCCUGUGGUCGGUGAUGUGAUAUACAUGGAGACAUUUGAAGGAAGUUGAGCCCUGCCGGGGCUGCUGAUGCUGCUAGCAUGCUGCCUUCCUACGCUGAUUUCAGGGUGGAGUUCCCUGCUCAGUGCAGAUGAUGGUCCAAUGAAUACACACAUGUGCUGGGACACAAAGCAGCAACGAAAUGGCCAACUGUCCAGACCCAGGGUUGCCACGGGUGACGGUUCGCCAUGAGUACAUUGGCUGGAGGUCCUACCAGAUCUCUCCUUUCACAUCGGUUAAAGAUGUCAAGCAGAUGAUCUACGAGGAGACAAACUUUCCUGUUAUCGAGCAACGUCUGGCUCACAAUGGGAGAGUGCUGGGUGACGGUGUGCUUAUCGGCGCCUUGGUGCCUGCUGGAAGUCCAGAAGUGUCCAUCACACUGGAAGGAAGAGGACUUAUAGGAGGAGGGCGGUUUGGACAAACUACACCCCCACUUGUAGAGUUUUUGAAAGAUAUUUUGAGGAGAUACCCUGAAGGUGGACAGAUUUUGAAAGAAUUGAUUCAGAAUGCAGAAGAUGCUGGAGCCACUGAAGUCAAGUUUUUGUACAAUGAAAGAGAGUAUGGAGUGGAGUCGCUGUGGUCCGCUAACAUGGCUCAGUAUCAAGGCACUGCGUUGUACGUGUACAAUGAUGCUGUGUUCACUUCAGAAGACUGGAAUGGCAUCCAAGAAAUUGCAAGGAGCAGGAAGAGAGAUGACCCUUUGAAAGUUGGAAGAUUUGGGAUUGGAUUUAAUUCUGUGUACCAUAUUACAGAUGUUCCUGGCAUAUUCAGCGGAGACCAGAUUGCCUUGCUGGACCCUCAUCAGACCCUGUUUGGAGUACAUGAGUCUGGACAAUGUUGGAACUUGAAGACAGACCUUAAGGAGAUCACAGAACUGGCUGACCAGUUUGCUCCCUUCAUUGGGAUUCUGGGAAGCUCUGAGAAAACCAUUAAAGACGGCAGCUUUCCAGGAACCUUGUUUCGCUUCCCCCUCCGAAUGAAACCCUCUCAGCUGAGCGGGAACAUUUACAACAAAGAAAAGGUCCUGGAGCUCUUUGAGUCAUUCAAAGCAGAUGCAGACACAGUGCUCCUCUUUCUGAAGAGCAUACAGAAGAUUUCCUUGCACGUGAGGGAAUGUGAUGGUACAGAGCGCAUGUUGUUUCAGGUCACAUCAGCAGAGAACAGAAAUGACAAAUUAGAAAGGCCAAAUGCUCUAAAGACCCUGAGUCAGGCUGUAGACAGCUAUAACAAUGGCGUCCCCACCUCUAAAAUCACGAGCAUCACUUACAUGGUUACGACCGAGACACAAGAAGAAGCGGCCAAAGAGAGUCAGAGGAUGACCUGGCUGGUAUGUAACGGUGUUGGGGGCCGAGGGCUGUGUGCAGAAUUAGACUCUCUGGCAGAUGAACUGAAGUUCAUGCCUACUAUUGGCAUAGCCCUCCCUCUUUCUCUGGCUGAUAAAGAAGACAAAGGGGCCACAUCUGGUUUCUCAGGAAGAGCAUUUUGCUUCCUCCCUCUUCCUCCUGGAGAGGAGAGCGAGACAGGGCUUCCAGUUCAUGUCAGUGGCUUCUUUGGCCUCACAGACAACCGUCGAAGUAUCAAGUGGCGAGAAGUGGACCAGUGGAGGGACCCAGCCGCCCUGUGGAAUGAGAUGCUGAUAAGAACUGUUGCUCCUAGGGUUUAUUUCACGCUCAUAACUGACACUGUCAGAAGAGUGCAGUCAGACCGAGGCCAAAACUUUUCACUUCCCCCUGCAGGUACCUACAGGGCCUGGCCAGACCCAAAGCUGGUCAAGUCCCGUUGGAAACCCAUCCUCGAGCCACUUUAUGAAGACCUGCUGAAGGAGAAGGUGAUUUUUUCUCUGAGUAUGAGUUGGGUACAGGUAGAGCAGGUUGUGUUCUCAGAGCUGGACUCAGACAAGGACUUUUCAGAGACUGUAAUCCACUACCUCCAAAGCUCUGGAAUGCAGGUGGCAAAAGUACCUGCUGUCGUGGACUCUGUGUUGACUGCUUACAUAACUGAGUCUUCUACCGUGAAGAAAGUGACGGCGUCUUUGCUGCGGCAGGUUAUGAGAAAGCACAAACACAAAGGUCCCUCAAAGGAGAAGCUGCUGUUGCUCGAGUUUGCACUCAGUGAUGCUAACUACAGCGAUCUCAUUGGUCUAGAGCUGCUGCCUCUGCAGGAUGGGACAUUUACAACCUUUUCAUCCUCUGUCACUGAAAAGGAUGCCGUUUACAUCGCAUCUGAAGAAUACCCCAGGUCCCUGUAUCCUGGUCUGGAGGGUCGGUUCUUAUCUGAAAACAUCAAAUCUUCAGUCAUGGGCAGUUUAAAGAAAGCAGCAAAAUCCAGAGUGCAGACAUAUCUGUGGGGGUGUUCAGGAAGACCCUGCACCCAGCUUCAAGUGCUGAACCCUGAAAGAUCAGCUCGACUCAUCAAGGAGAUCCUGUCUGCAGCCUGGCCAAACAGAGACUUCACUGUCCUCUGGGAACCUGGAAAUGAGCAGAUGAAGCACCCCACUGUUUCUUGGCUUAAAAUGAUAUGGAAGCAUCUCUAUAUACAUUUUUCUGAUGAUCUCAGCGUUUUUGAAGACAUGCCUCUGAUUCCAUUGGUGCCACUUGAGGAAAACAUGGAUAAGGCGAAGCUUUUACGCCUCAGAACUCCAUCACCAAUAAUUGUUGUUGAUCAGGAAGAAGGACUCCUUUCUGAAACCAUGCUUGACAUCACUGAAAAGCUGGGAGGGGUUGUAAUCAAAAAGCUGGAUUCAUGUUUGCUGCACCCCCUGCUUAAGAAUUACAUCCACCCUUCCUCUCCUGGUAACCUUCUGCAAAUAAUGAACAGGUUAUCAAUACAAAGACUAUCCAGCCAAGUCUCUUCUUUGACCAUCCAAGAGAGGAUUGUUCUCAGAGGUUUUCUUGCCGGACUGUCAGACAUUUCAGAGAGAGACAAGCAUACCCUGCUUGAGCUUCCAAUCUUUGAGAAAGUUGGGACCAUCUCUGAAGGCACCCCAGUAUUUACAUCUCUGAGAGGAGCGAGGGCUUUACAUCAUAAAGCCAAAUAUCCACCGGAUGUGAAAUUAUCCGUAAAUCUAGUCGCUUGCUCUGAUGAUGAAUCAAUUCGCCUCAUCAAGAUGCUCAGUGUGGAACAAAUAAAAACAACGGACUGUUUGAAGAUAAUCAUUCAGGAUGUUGAGAGAGGGUUCUAUACAACAGAUGAGAUGACCCAAAUCAUGCUUUGGUCACUUAUACAUCUGGCAUUUCUAAAGAAUGAAAACCAGUCUGUGAUUGGAUGGCUUUCUGCUCUUAAAUUCAUUCACAUGCCUUGUGGAAAGUCAGUCAAAGCCGCAGAUCUUUUUGAUCCCGAGCUGGAGAUUCUACAGAAUCUGUUCUACAUGGAAGAGAAAACCAGGUUUCCCACCAGUACAUUCAGGUCUUCACCUGAUAUUCUUUAUUCCCUCAGACAGCUGGGACUAAGAAAUGAAGUACAACUUACUGAAAAAGAUGCACUCAAAGUUGCAAUGAAAAUAGACGAGCUACAAAGUUGCAAAGAACCCGAGUGGGACUUGAUCAUCAAGAAAGCAAAAACUCUCCUCCAAAUUCUCAACAGACAGACCAAGCUGGUAAAAACAGCAAAUGCUCAGACAUCGCUGCUGAAACUAAAAUGGGUGCCUGUCUGCAAAGAAAGGCCGCUUACAUAUCCUAAAUCCCUUGCUUGGGUUGGAGAUACUGUCAAUAUUUGCUCUUUGUCUGAAAUGUGUGACAUAUCCCAUGCAGUGCUGGUGGGAUCAUCAGUACCGCUGGUUGAACACACAUCUGCGGGCAUGAAAAAGGCACUGAAACUAAUGUUAGAGCCCCAGGUGGAUCAAGUUUUACAGCACCUGAAAGCAGUGAAUGACUGGCACAAAUCUCAAGCAUUUACCACUGAGGACUGGUAUCAAUUCCAGCAAAUCUUGUUUGACAUUUAUGGUUUCAUGCAGGCUCACCUUGAGGAUGCCAGAGAAGCUUUGAAAUCAUUGCCUUUUGAUUGGGUUUGGACAGGGAAGACAUUCUCAUCACCUGGCCAGACAGCCCUGAAACCACUACCUGAUCUCGACUUGCAGCCUUACCUCUACUCCCUGCCAAAGACCAUCAGAAAGUUUCACAAGCUUUUCAAGUUUUGUGGCUCAGUUGAAGAGAUUGUGCCAAGCCAUGUGUUUGACGUCAUCAGCACAAUACAGAAAAGAUGCAAAGGUGGGUUAACCAAGGAGGAAAGCAAGCAUGAUAUCCUCCUUUUAAUCAACAUCCUAAGAUGGCUGUACAACAGUCAGAUACCUGUUGAUAUUAACAUGCAUGUGCCAAUUCAUUGGUACAAAGACCCAAGCAAACUAGUGAUGAAGCCUAUUCAUGAAUGCACCUACUGUGACAUCAAGGUUGAUGAUUUGAAUGACUUACUUGAAGAUGCUUCAGAGCCCAUUAUAUUAGUCCAUGACGACAUUCCCAUGAAAACCGCAGAGUGGCUAAAAGUGCCACGAUUGAGCACCAGGUUAAUAAACCCGGAAAACCUUGGCUUUGAACAGUCAGGCCAAAGAGAACCACUAACAGUGAGAAUAAAGAACAUCUUGGAGGAAUAUCCUUCCGUGGCAGACAUUUUUAAAGAGCUACUCCAGAAUGCUGAUGAUGCAAGUGCAACAGAGUGCAGUUUUCUCAUUGACAUGAGAAAAAACAGUGACAUACGGGAGAACCUUCUUGACCCUGGCAUGAUUAUUUGUCAUGGAGCCUCCUUGUGGUCUUUUAACAACGCUGUAUUCUCAGACUGUGACUUUCUGAACAUUACGAGGUUAGGUGGAUCAGUGAAAAGGUGCGAAGCGGACAAAGUUGGCAAGUUUGGUUUGGGCUUUAACUCAGUUUAUCACAUCACUGAUAUCCCCAUCAUAAUGAGCAGAGAGUUUAUGAUAAUAUUUGACCCAAACAUCAACCACAUCAGUAAGCACAUCAGGGACAAGUCUAACCCCGGGAUCAAAAUCAACUGGAGCAAACAACAGAAAAGGCUGAGAAAAUUCCCUAACCAGUUCAGGCCUUUCAUCAGUGUUUUCAAUUGCCAGCUUCCUCUAACUCAGGACUCCCCAUACAAAUAUGGUGGCACACUGUUUAGACUUCCAUUUAGAACCGAGCAGGAAGCCUUAGUGAGUGAAAUCAGUGGUCUGUACUACAACACCACAGACAUCUAUUCCCUGGUUGAUGAGUUCAGUCUCUGUGGCCAUAGGUUCAUUCUGUUUACACAGCAUGUUGGAAGUAUGGUCUUAAAAUACCUGAAAUGUGAGGAACAAAACCCAGCAGGGGCACAGGAUGUUGUUGCCAUCAACAAAAGCGUAUGCUCAUCCAAAGUCUCGUAUGGACCUCUGAGUAUCCUUAAAUCUGCAGCAAAGGUCAUGAAAAAAGUAGCAGGCACUAACAGGGUUCCUGCAGAUGUUCCCAAGUCUGGCUGUAUCAUACGUGUUAUGGUCGAGGAGUUUCAUAACGUCUUCAAACGAAUUGUCGAUCUUCAUUCACCACUGUUCAGAGGUUCAGAGGAAGAUCCAAACCAGUACUUUGAGAUGGCUGCAAAAGGUGUUCAGACAAGAAGACUUACUGAUGAAAUGCCCCAAAAGGCAGUAGAGAUAACCAACUGGCUCAUCUGCUCAUGCAUGGAUGCAACCGAGGCGCUUAAGUUUUCCCUCAGUGACAGUGGGACAAGGCUUGGACUUGUGCCUUGUGGAGGAGUGGCUGUUCUACUUUCAGAGGAAGAGAAUCACAAAUGGACUCUUAAGACCAACGCCACACCAAUUGGAGAGGUCUUUUGUUACUUGCCUCUCAGGAUCAAAACAGGCCUUCCAGUUCACAUUAACGGCUGCUUUGCUGUGACCUCAAACCGAAAAGAGAUCUGGAAGACUGACACCAAAGGUCAGUGGAAUUCUGUGUUCAUGAGACAUGUCAUUGUGCAAGCAUAUUUGGCAGCACUCUCAAUGCUACGCUCCAUGGCUGAAAGUGGAGAACUGCUCAGUUACAGUUACUAUGCAGCAUGGCCGGAUCCAAGUCAAGUGCAUGAUGACUUCACACUCAUUAGCCAGGGUGUCUACCAAGAGAUAGCAAAAGGAGGUGACAGUGAGCAUGCAAAGGUUUUCUCAGACGGCAAACGCUGGGUGUCUAUCAAGUACGUCAGAUUCCUUGACGAUGCCUUACUCUGUAGGCCAGACAUUGGUCCUGCUGCUUUCAAGAUAUUCUUGAAAUACCUAAAGAAGAGUGGCUCACAAACCCUGUGUGCUGUUGAGCUUCCUGACUGGGUGAAGGAGGGAUUUGAUGAUGCUGGAUGUAAAGGGAAGUUGAUGGAAAACACUCUCACAGAGGAACAGUUCUUCUCAGAUGUAUUUUUCCCUCACAUACAAGAAAUAGAGAAAGACCUCCGUGACCCCUUGAUGCUCUACAUCUUAAAUGAGAAACUUGAAGAUUUUGCUUCGAUUCUCAGGGAUACUCCUUGUAUCCCAUGCUGUGGUCCCAAUAAGGAUCUGGUUUUGCCUUCCAGGCUCAUUCAUCCAGAAGGGAGAGUUGCUAAACUCUACAAUGCUGAGGAUGGGAGAUUUCCUGAAGGGACUUUGAAGGACUACCUCAACCCUGUUUGUCUAGUAAAGCUUGUGGAGUUAGGGAUGGUAAAAGAUGAUUUGUCAUGGGAGGACCUCAUUGAGCGUGCUCAGUCUGUUAUUGAUCUCAAUGAUAGUGACCACACAGCUGCAUGCUUUCGUAGCAGUUUAGUACUCAGUCUAAUUGAUGAGAAACUGAAAAUGAGAGAUUCAGGAGCAGCUGAAAUUUUAGAAAAUCUAAAGGACAUCCAAUUCCUACCUUUCCUGACAAGACCUGCAGGCUUCUCGCUCCCAUGGCAUGGGAAUAACUUUUCUCCAAUAACGUUGUUCUCUCCCAGAGAACUCUUCACAACCGAACAUCAGGACACAGUGUGUCUGAUGAAGCCCAUCUUAAAUGAAAAUUCUCCAUCCUUCAAAGGUUGUGGUGCAAUGACAUUGGCUGUAAAAGACUGUCUUGGUCUAAUACGGAAGCCCUCCGUUGGACUGGUCAUCAGACAACUCAAAAAACUGUCUCAGUCAUUUGAUGGAAUUACACUCUACCAGGAAAACAUAACAAACGCCUGUUACAAGUUUCUUCAUGAGGAAAUGCUGCAGGAUGAAAACGCAAAAGGACAAAUAACUGAGGAACUUAAAGCGUUCAAUUCCAUCCUGGUGGAAAACACAUACGUCAGUCCAACCAAAGUUGCUUUCCACCUGAAUUUUGAUGCAGCUCCGCAUCUUUAUCAGCUUCCAAACAAAUACAGAAACAGCUGCCGUGAGCUCUUUGAAAAUGUUGGAGUGCAGGCAAAGUUCACAGUUGAGGAUUUCUCAGCAGUUCUUGAAACUGUUGAGCAAGAAAGUGGCAAUAACUCACUCUCAGAGGAGAAUUUUCAGUUGUGCCGCAGAAUUAUUAGUGAAGGAAUAUGGAGUCUGAUCCGAGACAAAAACCAAGAAUACUGCAAGACAAAUUAUGGUGGGAUCCUGUUACCCGACUCUAAACUCACAUUACAGCCAUCAAAGUCCCUGUGCUACAAUGACUGCCCUUGGAUUAAAGUCAAAGACUCCUCUGUGAAAUACUGCCAUGGAGACAUUCCAAGAGAGGUUGCAGUGAAACUAGGAGCGGUACCAAAACGCCACAAAGCCUUGGAGAGGUAUGCCUCAAAUGUCUGCUUCACUCGACUUGGAAGUGAGUUUGGACAGAAAGAGAAAUUGACGAGCAGGAUCAAAAGCAUUCUCAAUGCUUAUCCAUCAGAAAAAGAAAUGUUAAAAGAACUGCUGCAAAAUGCAGACGAUGCAAAAGCCACUGAAAUCUACUUUGUUUUUGAUCCAAGGACACACCCCACAGACAGAAUAUUUGAUGAUAAAUGGAUCCCAAUGCAAGGCCCUGCUCUCUGUGUAUAUAACAACCAGCCAUUCACAGACGAUGAUAUCAGAGGUAUACAGAACCUGGGGCGAGGAACGAAAGAGGCCAAUCCUGGGAAAACAGGCCAGUAUGGCAUAGGAUUCAACUCAGUCUAUCAUAUCACCGACUGCCCAUCCUUCAUUUCGAACAACGACAUUCUGUGCAUCUUUGAUCCGCAUGCACAGUAUGCACCGGGGGCAACAUCCGUGAGUCCUGGAAGAAUGUUUAAAGACCUGGACUCUGAUUUCAGAUCUCAGUUUUCAGAUGUUCUGAAUCUUUACUUGGGGAGUCAUUUCAAGUUAGAAAACAGCACCAUGUUCCGCUUCCCCAUCCGCUCUACAGAGAUGGCAAAAACAUCAGAAAUCAGUUCUGUCCCCGCAUCAGACAGAAUGGUGCAAAACCUUCUAGAUAAGCUAAAAAAUGAUGGUGCAGAGCUGCUUAUAUUCCUCAACCACAUGGAGAAAAUAUCAAUCUGUGAAAUUGAUCAUGCAUCUGGAAAACUAAAAGUCCUCUUUUCUGUCACAGCCAAAAUAACAGAUGGAGAUCGGGUGAAACGCAAACAAUUUCAUGCCUCGGUGAUUGACAGUGUGACUAAAAAGAAGCAGCUCACUGCAAUCCCAGUCCAACAAAUAUCCUACACUAUGGAUAUAGAGGACACUGAAGGAAAUACAACAACAUGGUUGGUCUGCAAUCGAUCUGGCUUCCUAAACAUUGAGAAUGUUUCAAAAAGUGUAAUAUCAGCUCACAAAAAUGAGGAUAUAACUCUAUUUCCCCGCGGAGGCGUGGCUGCAUGUGUUAGCCAAAACUACAAAAAAAACCACAGAGCUUUCUGCUUUUUGCCCCUCUCGCUGGAGACCGGCUUACCUUUUCAUGUCAAUGGGCAUUUUGCAUUAGACUCUGCUAGAAGAAACCUGUGGAGAGAUGACAAUGGAGUGGGAGUAAGGAGUGACUGGAAUAACAACUUGAUGACACUUCUGAUAGCCCCUGCCUGGGUGGAACUGCUGAUUCAACUGAAGCGUCGAUACUUUCCAGGUCCUGAUUACACCUUGACUAUUCUACAAGGGACACCUCUUCAUGUGGUUAAAGAUAUGUUGCGAAGAUAUCUGUUCUUCUUUCCGGUCAACAGGCUUGAUAUACAGCCAGAUUGGUACUGCUUGGUUAAAGCAGUAUACAGCUGCAUCCAUGCUGACAUGAAGCGCCUGCUUCCUGUCGUGAAAGUGGCCCAUAAUGACAACUCAGACAUGCACUCUGUGGUUUACAUUUCAUGGGUGACUACGUCCACUUCAAACAAGGACAGAGCCUUUUUUGACAAUCUGCUACAAGAUGAGCUUCAGUACUUGAAAAACACAGAGUACAACAUCACCUCCAGGAAGUCUGUGGCUGAAAAUGUUUACAGACUGAAAACUUUGCUUCUGGACAUUGGUUUCAAUCUGAUUCACAGCUGUGAUGAAACAGCACAACUCUUUGUCUGUCUGAAAGAUGCAGGUAUACCGGUCAGUUAUGUGGCACCAGAGGAUGUCCGCAUCUUUCUUCAAACCUUCUCAUCACCAGACACAUCUUGCCAUGUUGGAAAACUCCCCUGCCGUAUCCAACAGUCGAACUACAAACUAGUUCAUAACAUGAAGCUUCUAGUCGACUACUGCUUCAAAGACAUAGAAGUGGAUCAAGUCAAAAUUGAGGGCUUGCCUCUGUUGAUAACCAUGGACAACAUGCUUCAGGUUUUUGAUUCUAAGAGACCGAAGUUCCUGACAACAUACCAUGAGCUUAUCUCAUCAAGGAAAGAACUUUUCAUGAAUACACUGUACAUCAAGUACAGUAACAUCCUUUUGAAGCAAGGAGCUGCAAAGAACUUUGAUAUCAGCAGCUUUGGCGACCUGCUGGGAUCAGUGCUGUCCAGAGAGUAUCGAACAAAGAUCCCUGUAAAAUGGAGAGACACUUUUGCCAGUGAAUCUUGGUUGAAGAAUGUGUGGAACUUCAUAAGUGAAAAUAUUGCUGUAAAGGAGGAUGAGGAGGACAGACCCAGUUUGAACGCAGUCGUUGAUGUUCUGAAAGACUGGGCUUUACUUCCUGGGAUCAAAUUCAUGACAAGAGAAAAGAUAGUCAUCCCUGAGCAGGAUGUGCUUUUACCCCUGAGCCUGAUGAACGUGGCACUGUUUCCACAAGGCCAAAAUGACAAAGUGUUUCAUGCACUAAUGAAAUCAGGGUGCAUUCAGCUUGCAGUAAACAAAAUCUGUGCCAAAGACAGUCCCAUUAUUCCUUUUCUAGCUCAACAAACUGCAAACAUUGAAAAUCCAUCCAGUGUUCUGACAGCAGUAGAAUACAUGAUCCAGACAUCUGCAUUCAAAGCCGCAAACUUGACUGACAAGGACUUUGAAGCUGUUAUGAUGUAUUUCAACAGCAAUCUGUCUAACCUCACAGAAAACGAUGCACAGAAACUGAAACUCCUCCCAUGCUUUAAGUCAGUUAGUGGUAGGUACAUCAACAUUGCAAACUACGGAGCAAACUACAUCCUUGUCAGAAACAUUCCCACAGCAGAGAUUGAAAAAUGGUCCCACACAGCCACUUCGGGGUUUCUCGCCGACAAUCAGCAGCUGAAAGAUCUGUACACUUUUCUUGGCUGCAUACCAAUCGAUGACUUAGAAAUCUACCAUCACCAUCUCCUGCCGAAGUUUGAGAGUUUUUCCUAUGACGCCAAAGUGGAACAUAUUAUCUACUUGAAGGAGAGACUCAUGUCAAUGGAAGAAUCCUCCAAGAUGAAGGAUCAGCUGUUUGAGAAGCUGGAGGAACUGUUGUUCAUCUAUGACUACUCAAAAAGACUCAGGCCAGCCAGGUUUUUCUAUGACGAGACUGUGAAGGUGUUUGAAGUUAUGCUUCCUACAAAAUCAUUCAUACCAAAGGACUUUUUUAAGAAAGUUGAGCAAGUGUCAAAACCCAAGAAUGGGGCAUUGUUGCUUACCUCAUGGAUAACUUUUCUCAGACGCAUUGGUCUCAAGAAUGAAGUGUCGCAGCAGCAAGUUCUACAGUUUGCAAAAGAGGUCAGCAUUAAAGCCCAGACGGAGAACUGGAACAAAGAAAAAGUGCAGGACAUUGUAAAUGUUCUCUUAAACCACAUUUUCAAUGAGAGGACAGAUCUAUUUCAGGGCGCUUUUCUCAAAGAGCUCUCCAUGAUACCAUUCCUGUAUCCAGAGAGAGCUCCAAAAGAGCUCAUCAGGCUUCACUCACAGUACCAGGACAUGAGCGGCACACUUCCUCUGAUUCGCUUCAGCGGCUCGCAGGUAAAUCCAAAGUUCAAGCAAACGGAUGUCAUUCACCUCCUUUGGACUUCUUGCCCAAUUCUCCCUGAAAAAGCUACACCAUCUUGCAUAAAAGACCAGGAGGGAAGCAGUCUGACAGGACAAGAACAACUCGACCAAGUGCUGAACACAUUAGGCGUCAACCUGGACCCAGUGCUGGAGAAAGUCAUAAACAACUGCAAGAAUAUCUGCAACAUUUCAAAUCCAGAUGAUGAAAUGGUGAGAACCAGAAACAAAGUUUUACGGUCCACCUACGAGUUUCUCAAUGCAGAUAAAAGAGAUUUUCGGUAUCAGCUUCGUGGAGUGGGUUUUGUCAUGGUGGAAGAUGGCUGGAAACUGCUCAAACCUGAAGAGGUUGUCAUUAAUUUGGACAAUGAAUCUGAUUUCAAACCCUACUUGUAUAAAUUACCUCUGGAACUUGGUACCUUUCAUCAGCUGUUCAAACUUCUUGGUACAGAGGAUGUUGUGUCGACUAAACAGUAUGUUGAAGUUCUCUGGCGAAUUUACAGAAGUUCAGAGGGUAAGCAGCUCGACCCCAAUGAAAUGAGAACGGUCAAGAGGGUUGUUUCAGGGCUGUUCAAGGCCCUCCAUAAUGAUCCAGUGGAGAUUCGCAAAGAUUUCGAAAAUGCAAGAGAUUUAAUCUUUUAUCUGCCAAGCCAUGACGGUAGAUUAGCAAAGUCAAAUAGUUUGGUGUUUGAUGAUGCACCGCACUACAAGAGUAGAAUUCAGGGAAACAUUGGCGUUCAGAUGCUUGUGGACUUGAGCCAGUGCUAUCUAGGCAAAGAUCAUGCCUUUCACACAAAGCUGAUCAUGCUCCUUCCACAGAAACUAAGGCCAAGACUGCUAAGUAGCAUUCUUGAAGAACAACUUGAUGAGGAUUCUCCUCAAAUGUGCCAGUUUGGGGCUCUUUGUUCCCUUCAAGGACGUCUUCAGCUGCUGCUGUCCUCAGAGCAGUUCAUCACAGGACUGAUCAGAAUCAUGAAACAUGAGAAUGACAAUGCAUACCUUGUGAAUGAGGAAAAAGCCAUACGUCUCUGUAAAGCCCUUUGUGAAGGAUUAAAGGUGUCUUGUUUUGAAAAACUGCAAACAACAUUAAGAGUGAAAGGAUGCAGUCCCAUCCCACACAGCCGCAGUGAAACACUUGCUUUCUUGAAGAGAUAUGGGACAGCUGUGAUCCACCUUUAUAUUCAGCAUUCAGAUAGCAAGGACAUUAAUUUUCUCCUGGCACUGGCAAUGACGCUGAAAUCAGCCACUGAUAACUUGAUUUCUGAUACUUCCUAUCUGAUUGCCAUGCUUGGCUGUAAUGAUAUUUACAGAAUCUCUGAGAAGUUGGACAAUCUCGGUGUGAAGUACGACUCAACAGAGCCUUCAAAGCUUGAGCUACCCAUACCUGGAACCCCAAUACCAGCUGAGAUACAUCACACUCUGCUCAUGGAUCCCAUGAAUGUAUUUUAUCCAGGAGAAUAUGUCGGCUACCUGGUGGACUCUGAGGGUGGGGACAUGUAUGGUUCCUACCAGCCUACAUACACAUACGCCAUCAUUGUUCAAGAAGUAGAUAGAGAAGAGGAGGAAAACACAUGUGUCCUUGGAAAAUGUUUCCAGAUUGAUAUUGGUUACAGUGAAUACAAAAUAGUCAGCUCUCUUGACUUGUACAAAUUCUCAAGGCAAGAUGACAGUACCAGUGUUCAAGACUCCAGUGCCCCAUCAACCCCUACAAGCCCAAACAGUUGUUCCUCAGGGCUACAAAUGAUCCCUCCCCUUUUUGCUGGUAAGGAAACUCUGCGACCACCCGCCCAAAAACAGUCCCCGAGAAAGAUCAAGCUUCAUGCAUUGCCUGAUAUUCUCAAGGAACUGACCUUUGUCAUUGAACAAGCUUGGAAACUUCCUGAGAAAGAGAGAAAGAAGAUAAUUCGACGAUUGUAUCUGAAGUGGCAUCCAGACAAAAAUGCAGAUAAUCUGGAUAUCGCUACAGAAGUCUUCAAGCACUUGCAGAUCGAGAUCAACAGGAUGGAGAAACAGUCUGUGGCUGAUCAACAAAAUACAGAAAGAGCUUCCAGGAGAUCCUACUCCACGUCAUCAACCCGCUUCCAGUCAGAGAAGUUUUCAUUUCAGAGGUUUUAUUCAUCAUGGAACCAAGAAGCAACAAACCACAAGUCUGAACGGCAGCAGUUCAGGGAACGUUACACAGGCUAUGCAGGCUCUUCACAUUCACACCGUUUCUUUGUCCCGCCUACUUUUAAGACCGUAGGUAACCCAGUAGAAGCCCGCCGGUGGCUUAGACAAGCAAGAGCCAACUACUCUGCUGCUCGUAAUGAUCUCCACAAAAAUGCCAAUGAGUGGGUUUGUUUUAAAUGUUACCUGGCCACAAAGCUUGCACUAAUAGCCGCUGACUAUGCAGUCAGAGGAAAGUCAGAUAAAGAUGUGAAGCCAACUGCCCUGGCUCAGAAAGUUGAGGAGUAUAACUCUCAGUUAACAGGCCUUGCCAAAGAUGUUCAGAUCUUGGAAGGAUAUGGUGUGGACAGCCUAAGAACUCGCUAUCCAGAUCUCUUGCCAUUUCCACAAAUCCCCAAUGAUAGAUACACAUCUGAGGUGGCAAUGAGAGUCAUGGAGUGUACUGCACGGAUAAUCAUAAAGCUUGAAACUUUUGUGCAACAAAAAAUAUGAUACUGUAACUGGAUCUAUGGUAUGCAAAGAUCUCCCUGCAUAGAGGAUAAGCUAGGCAGUGUGAUUUACAAGUGGUAAAAAAAAUGAAUUAUUUAGCUGGCAGCUUAAGGCACAUAUGCAGAUUCUACCAAUGAUGGUGGUUUUGUGGCCGAUGCCAAAUAAAUGAAUGUAUGGCUCACACGUCCUCUCAGGCUGCUUCGGUAAAAUGUGCAUUAUGUGCAUGUUAAUGGAAUACAUAUAUAUGUGUAUAAAUUUAUGUCAGGGCUGUCAAAAGAUUAAAAAUUCUAAUUGCGAUUAAUCUCAGAAUUUCUGUAGUUAAUCGCACCCUUUUUGAAUUUUCAAAUUCCACGGUUUUGCAUUUUAAACCAUUUUUGUGUCAUUUUUGAAUUUUCUUCUGUCUUAAACUAAUAGGUCGUUUCCACCAAGCUGUCCAGCUCAGUUCAGUGCAGAACGGCACGCGUUUUUUUUGCAUUUCCAUAGAGCCAAAGUUGGAAAGGGUCCCAAAAAAACCGACCCGUACCUCCCCACUUUUCGUCACCCUUCCGUAGGGGUGCCAGUCUCACUUACCCAGAGCAAAAAAGGUGGAGCUACACACACAACAAUAGGGGGUUGUACUGACGUCACGCCAGCACGCCACACAGCUGCUCAGCCUCGGGCUUCAAAACACAGAAGUGUGUGCUGUGAGGAGUGGAUGAAAACAGGAGAAAAAAGGAAUAAUAUCUGCAUAAAUCGGGGAUAUUUGGACUCGACAGAGAUCCAAACUGUUUCCUAGUCUAUGGAUAUUGCUAUCUGGCCACAAAUCCAGUUACCUGAUGUUUAUCUGGAUGAUUUUAAGAACGCAAAGCAGAGCCUGAAGGCUCACAUCAGCCUGAUCUAUCUGUGAUGGAUGUGAAACUAAAUCAAUGCUCAAGUUUUGUGAAUACGAAGCCUCAGAACAGCUGAUUCUCUGUACUGUAACUAGUUAUUAAUCUGCUUCUUACUUAAGGUAACCUGUGAAAACAUCGCUCUGUGGUUGUUGGACGUGUUGGUAAAACUUCAGGCUGCAGACUAUUUUACGAGAUCAGCGCACCCACGAUUUCUGACUUAAUCUAAACACCAGCUGAACAUUUACUUUAUUUUUAAUGUGGCCACUUCUCAAAGUUCUAAACUUUCAUAUGUUGUCGUAUAAACUGUUCUACACCAGAUAUACUCACAUAUUAACGUAGCGUUACGACUCAAACCGUCUCUGUACACGAAUUCCAUCAGCUGAGGAUCUCUACUGACAGCGGUUAACAUCAUUAAGAUGUAGUUAUUUUUUAAAGCACUUUCAGCUGAAAUAAAGCUGUUUAAUGCUUAUUCCCUACUGAUUUCUGUCACUCAUCCUUUUUAUUACUCUGCUGCUGGAACAGCAGACUCACACUGUCUGUGACUUCACAUGCAUGCUUUCACAGCCCCACCCAACCAAGUGAGAGCACGGGUGUCUUUGGAAACGCUAACUAUUUUAGGGUUUAGCGUACCAAACCAUUACAAACCAAACUGAACCAAACCAGACCCCCUGAUGGAAACACGGCUUAAGAGUACAUGAUACAUCCCUACUUUUAUUAGUACAUCAGAGAUUUUAACAUAACCGUGGAAAAAGGACUUAUUUUACAUUUCUGUGGCUGCAGGUAGACACUGAAAUGCUUUAACCCAGUGCUUCCCAACCUGGGGCCCUGGGACCCCUGGGGGGGCACCUCAAGAUUUCGGGGGGGGGCCCUGUCUGCUCUGACAAUUAGAUGCUCCUCUGAAAUUAGAUGUUCAUUUUAAUAAAAAAAAAAAAAAAAUUACAAACCUAAUCUACAAUAGAGCACAGUGGCCAACCUAAAAGAUUAAAAUAUAAGGAGAAUCCGUGGAUUUCUAAUCAAAAAAGUCUAAAUUUUGUUUGGAAAAAAUUUUUUUUUUUUGAGAUUAUAAAGUCUUAUAUUCACAACAUUUCAGAGUUUCAAAAGUCAGGACUUUACAAGAAAAAAAAAAACAAAAUUUCAGAAUUUAAAAAGUCUUCAAUUUUGUCAAUGAAAACAUUUUAAAUGAUGUGUAGUUUUCCCAAGUGGGUCUGAGGGGGGCUUAGCCCUGAGGAAAAAAGGCUGGGAACCACUGCUAUAACCAAAGUGUACUGAAAAGGACAAUAAGGCAUGCGAUUAAUCACAAUUAAAAACUUUGUUCACUGAUUGUGGACCUUGAUUGAUACAAUUAACUUGAUUAAUCUUGACAGCCCUAAUAUAAACAUACAUAUACACAAAUAUAAAAGCUGGGUAAGCGGUUGACCAGGCUACGUAGCUUUGUACUGAGAUUAAAUGCAACUGAAAGAAAAUUCCUCCUUCUUCAGUCGGCUACAUGCUUUUGCUUCCUUUGUUCAACAGAGCCAUACAAAAACCACCCAACAUGGGCCCUGCAGUUUAAUGGGAUGAUUCAUUUGAUUCAGUUUUUAACAGACUUAAAAAAUACCCUUGAGCCUAUUCAUUCGACUGAAACGUGCAAAUAGUCUAAUAAAUAAAACGGCAAUCAGUCACACAACAUUGCAGUUAGCUGCAUAAUGCAGCUAAUGCAGUUAGCUGCAUUAUGCAACUGAUUUAUAUUGUUAAGGAAACAAAAUUCACCUCCAAACAACUUAAUUCUUUCAAGUUUCUUGCCACAACCCCAAUUUUCUUUUUUAACACUUACUUUUGUGCACAUCAUGACAUUUCAUUUGCCUAACGUUGUUAUUUUAUGAACUGGACCUGGACGUUGGAUUGGUAUUUUUUGAGGGUUUUAACAAAGGUGUUGACUGAGCAGCAGCAGACUGCAGAGAAGCUGAUGAAGUCAUCAGUCCAACAGAUGAAGGUGCUGCAUUUCACUUUAAUCAAUGCCUGAUUCUCUCUGGCUGAAUAUUCAGUGAGAAACUACUGCUCUCAGGUGCAGAAGGACAAGGAUUAUUUCUGAUAUUUCAAUAACAUAUUAAUGUAAUUCCAAAAAGGUUUGGACACUGUGUACAAUGUGAGUUAAUAACAGACUAAGGUGAUUUGCCAAUCCUUUUCAACCUCACUUCAGUUGAAUACAACAUAAAAUGUUCAAACUGAUCCUUUCUUUUUUUCUUUUAAUAAACACACAUCCUGAAUAUGAUGCCUGUAAACCAUUCCAAAAAAGUUGGGACAGGAGCCUGUUACACCAAUUUUUAGUAUUACAACAGUCACGCUGCAGUCGUCCAGAGACUGCAGGCACCAGCUGUUGAAGUAUUAAAAGAGGAAUUCUUCUCUCCUUGCUUGAUGUACAUCUUAAGAUGCUCAACAGUGCAGGCUUUCUGUUGAGGUAUUUUGCGCUUCAUAAUGCGCCCUUUCUUUUAAGUGGCAGACAGAACAUACAGAACAGUCCAGUACUCUCAGUCUUUCACUACAGAGUCAUGCUGUUGUUACCUGUGCUGAAGGUAGCUUGUUAUUGUCUGGACAGAAGCAAACCUGUACAUAGCUCUCUGUGUUAACGGUGCCUUUACAGAUCUACGAGUUACCCAUGCCAUGUGUGCCAGUACACCCAUGGCAUCUUCACAUGCUAGCUUUUCGUCUUUGUUUUGAAAACAAUCUGGAAUUUCCUCUUUAGCCUUGAGGACCUGACAGCUUAAAUUUCCAGAACCGUGGACUUUUCAGACCACAGUACGGUUUUCCACUUUAGGUCCAUCUCAGAUGAUCCUGGGUCCACAGAAGUCAGCAGUACUGUCAGUUAAAGAUGGUUUCAAAGUGUUACUGGACUCAUGUUGCCGGAGUCCAGUAACACUUGUAACACACUGCCGGAUCGGGCUUGUGCAGAGAUUUCUCCAGAUUCUCUGAAUAUUACGGCAAUGACACCUUCCAGGAGUGCCUCUUUAUUCCCAGUCAUGGGCUAUCAACUUUAACCUGCCUGUGGAAUGUCCCAGGGUCUUAACUUUUUUUUUUUAACAUUUCAAACAUUUCCCCUGUCCCAACUUUUUUAGAACACAUUCAGAAUGUGUAUUUCCAAAAAUUGAUAAAGCUAGAAGUUUGAACAUGAAAUAUGUCUUUAGGUUGUAAAGGGUUCAGGUCACAUUUCUAUAUGUAGAUAUGUAUAUCUAACAUGUUGGUGAAAAGUUUAUUUUAUUUAUUUAUUUAUGUGGAAAUUGAAACUGUUCUGUAAAAUAGCGGCUCACUUCUUCAUGAAGAGAAUUUUUUCACACCAGCAGCAUUGAAGGAUCUGUUAUUUAUCUGUUAUUUAUAAGUCUGCAUUUUACUUCAAGCAAAACAAAAAUGGCAUUCUCAUCAGAUUUAACUGUUUAAUUUUUAUAGAUUAUGCAAACUCUUACCUGGUGACCACUGUCUUUUUGUACAUUAUUUGAAAUUUGCUCAUCUGUUGUAAAAACACCUCAAGCUUGAGGUUCCUCAACCAAGGAAUAAAAACAG